AUGGCUUUACGGAUGGUAGCAGCUUUAUGUGGAAAGGCGCAGCAUCCGUUCCUCCGCUUCGAUCACCUCACGUCCAUCAGUCGCCAACACGAUCCUACGGCCACCAGUCGUAACUACGAAACCACAAAACCAGCGGAAGACGCAAUGACAAAAACCAUGUCUGAAAGCCAAAGUGUCGUUAUGCCCUAUGACGGACUAAGAAUCCUUCCAAGAAUCAACCUCUUCGGGGCAUAUAUCUCGGUAAAGUCGAUUUCUGUCAAAGGUGUCGAAAUAGGAGGUACUGAAGGAUGUCUCUGUCGUUUCCAAGCGCACCAACCAAAUUAA